AUGGUUAGGCCCUUCUUGUGGACGUCGAUACUGCUAGCUUUCUGUACGAUGACGGGGGCCACUGACGCGCCAGGGAAAGAAGAAACGCCAUGUGCAAAGAGCUGUCAUACCAUUAAUUGCAACAACAUGGGUAUUCGGUACGGGCGCUUUUGUGGAGUUGGGCACGGCGGCUGCCCAGGUGUAAAACCCUGUGAUCCGGUUGACUAUUGCUGCCAGAAGCACGACGCUUGUGUCGAGAAGCACAGCGUCCUUUCCGCAAGGUGCCACAUGUCUUUCCUCAAGUGCCUUGACAGGCACGUGGAUAAGGACCACGAGGGUAAGUCUGGGAAGGCGACAGCGCGGCCAUGUCCGUACAGCGUCGUAAUACCCACCAUGAAGACCGGCAUCGGGAUGGCCAUGAUGUUCACGUCGGCAAUCAAAGCCAAAGCCGGAAGCGAGUUUUGA